UUCUCUAGCUGCCAUUUUGGUUUUGUUCCCGUCUGCAGUCUUAAAGCCAUCCGUAGCUAUUACAUAGGAAAGCCUCGCAUCGCAACCGCACAGUGACUCGACAAUAUAGCGCAAGGCCAUCCGACUUCGCCACGCCAUUCAUCCAUUGCUUAUUCCCAAUCGCUGGCAUCUGAAUAUAACAGGAGAGGAGCGGGUUCGCAUUGGAAAGGGGCCGGGAAGGAUUAUUGAUGUCCAGCUCGCCGCUGUCCAAGAAACGUCGCUUGUCAGGAACAGAGACGAAGACGGGAUCCCAUUGCUCCUCCUCAAACUCUGUCAGAACUGAUCUGUCUCACACACCUGCCAACGGCAUGGCUAAGAAUGGCAAUGAUGCUGAGAUUGAUGAAGGCCUGUACUCCAGACAAUUGUAUGUGUUGGGCCAUGCUGCGAUGAAGCGCAUGCAGAACUCCAAUGUCCUCAUCUCCGGUAUGAGAGGUCUCGGAGUGGAGAUUGCUAAGAAUGUCAUCCUCGGCGGAGUUCGUAGUGUCACUGUACACGACCAAGGCAUUGCAGAAUGGCGAGAUCUGUCUUCUCAGUUUUAUAUUCGAGAGGAGGAUCUGGGGAAGAACCGAGCGGAAGUCAGUCAGCCCCGUCUGGCUGAACUUAACAACUAUGUCCCCGUGGCAGCUUAUACCGGCACUCUGGCAGAUGACUUCUUGAUCAAGUUCCAGGUUGUAGUGCUGACCAACUCCACUCUCGACGAGCAGCAGCAAGUGGGCGAGUUCUGCCACAGCAAAGGCAUCAAGUUAAUCAUUGCAGACACCCGUGGCCUGUUUGGCCAGCUGUUUUGUGACUUUGGUGAAGAGAUGAUCGUGCAUGACACAAAUGGAGAACAACCACUGAGUGCCAUGAUUUCCAUGAUCACAAAGGACAAUCAAGGUGUUGUGACUUGUCUGGAUGAGGCCCGUCACGGUUUUGAGAGUGGAGACUUUGUGACCUUCUCAGAGGUUCAGGGCAUGACUGAACUCAAUGGCUGCCAGCCGGUAGAAAUCAAAGUUCUCGGUCCCUACACCUUCAGCAUUUGUGACACAACCGGAUUCACAGACUAUGUAAGAGGAGGAAUUGUUUCUCAGGUCAAGAUGCCCAAGAAGUUCACCUUUAAAUCUUUGUCGUCCUCCAUGGCUGAGCCAGAAUUCAUAAUGACAGACUUUGGCAAGUUUGAACGUCCAGGACAAUUGCAUGUGGGCUUCCAGGCCAUCCAUGCCUUCCAGAAGAAAAACAACCGCCUCCCGACACCAUGGAACCAGGCUGAUGGCGAAGACCUGUUGACACUGGCCAAGGAGCUGAACUCUGCUCAGACCGGAUCGGCUAAAGUAGAACAGCUCGAUGAUGCACUCAUCAAAAAGAUGGCCUUUGUCGCCGCUGGUGACUUGGCCCCAGUCAACGCCUUCAUCGGGGGUCUGGCAGCACAGGAGGUCAUGAAGGCAUGCACCGGGAAGUUUAUGCCCAUAAUGCAGUGGUUGUACUUUGACGCCUUGGAGUGCCUGCCAGAGGAGGAGGGGGUUGUACUCGCAGAAGAAGACUGCGCACCUAGGAACAGUCGAUACGAUGGACAGAUUGCGGUAUUUGGCACCAAGCUGCAGGAUCUGCUUGCCAAGCAACGCUACUUCCUGGUUGGAGCUGGUGCCAUUGGCUGUGAGCUCUUGAAAAACUUUGCCAUGAUUGGACUGGCCAGCGGGGAGGGCGAGAUCAUUGUGACCGACAUGGACACCAUCGAGAAGUCAAACCUCAACAGACAGUUCCUUUUCAGACAAUCGGAUGUCACGAAAAUGAAAAGUGACACAGCCGCAGCAGCAGUGAAACAGAUGAACCCCUCCAUCAAGAUCACUGGUCACCAGAAUAGGGUGGGCCCUGACACGGAGAGAAUCUAUGAUGAUGACUUCUUCGAAAGCCUCGAUGGAGUAACCAAUGCACUGGACAAUGUCGAUGCACGUUUGUACAUGGAUCGGAGGUGCGUGUACUACCGUAAACCCUUGCUGGAGUCUGGUACUCUGGGUACCAAAGGCAACGUCCAGGUGGUGAUCCCCUUCCUCACAGAGUCGUACAGCUCGAGCCAGGAUCCGCCGGAGAAGUCCAUCCCCAUCUGUACCCUGAAGAAUUUUCCAAAUGCCAUUGAACACACACUGCAAUGGGCUCGUGAUGAGUUUGAGGGCCUUUUCAAACAACCACCAGAGAAUGCCAUUCAGUACCUCACAGAUCCCAAGUUCAUGGAGCGCACCCUCAAACUGACUGGCGGUCAGUCUGCUGAGUUGCUUGAGGCGGUUUACAAGACUCUGGUCACAGACUGCCCCCACAGUUGGGUCGACUGCGUAACCUGGGCACGCAACCAUUGGCAGUGCCAGUAUAGCAACAACAUCCGCCAGCUAUUGCACAACUUUCCCCCCGACCAGUUAACUAGCUCUGGAGCCCCGUUCUGGUCUGGUCCAAAGAGGUGUCCCCACCCCAUAGAAUUCAGUACAAGCAACGACCUGCACAUAGACUACAUAAUGGCCGCCGCCAACCUGUUUGCUCAGACUUACGGCAUACAAGGCAGCACCGAUCGUGCAGCCGUAGUCAAGAUCUUGCAAGAGAUCAAAGUGCCUCCUUUUACUCCGCGUUCUGGCGUGAGAAUCCACGUCUCGGAUCAGGAGCUGCAGAAUAGCAAUUCUUCUGUUGAUGACUCCAGAUUGGAGGAGCUGAAGGUCCUGCUGCCUACCCCCGAGUCUGCCCAGUUUAAACUCUGCGCUAUUGACUUUGAAAAGGAUGACGACACCAACUUCCAUAUGGACUUCAUAGUAGCGGCGUCUAACUUGAGAGCAGAGAACUACGACAUCCCCCCGACCGACAGACACAAUAGCAAGCUUAUAGCCGGCAAGAUCAUCCCGGCCAUUGCCACUACCACGGCCGCGGUCGUGGGUCUGGUGUGCCUUGAGCUCAUCAAGAUCGUCCAAGGACAUAAAAAGCUGGAGUCCUUCAAGAAUGGCUUCAUGAAUCUGUCCCUGCCGUUUUUCGCCUUCUCCGAGCCCAUCGCUGCUCCAAAACAUAAGUACUAUGAAAUCGAAUGGACGUUAUGGGAUCGCUUCGAGAUCACGGGGCUCCAACCCAACGGCGAGGAGAUGACGCUGCAGCAGUUUCUCACCUACUUUCGAAACGAGCACAGGUUGGAUAUCACCAUGCUCUCUCAGGGAGUCUCCAUGCUCUACUCGUUUUUCAUGCCCGCUCCGAAACUCAGAGAGAGACUCGAACUACCGAUGACCGAGAUCGUCACCAAGGUGUCGAAAAAGAAGCUGGGCAAACACGUCAAAGCUCUGGUGUUUGAGUUGUGCUGCAACGAUCUCUCGGAUGAGGAUGUAGAAGUUCCGUACGUCAGAUACACCAUCCGCUGAUCUCCACGUUCUGCCUGCAGCGACAACUGGAGGUGCCGAAGGAAAUAUGGGGGGUGCUUGUAAAUGAGGGGGGUUGAGGUUAUUUUUGGCCCACGGGAGUCGGGGGUUCAAGUCUUCACCGGCUCAAGCUAAUUUUUUUUUUCCUUUUUUUUUAAGGCCUGUGGUUUGUGUUAACUGGUGCCUCUGUACAUAGCCCCCAUUGAGCUGACUUGCUGGUCGCCAUGCGUGAGGGAUUACGGGGCUCUUGGAAGAGGCGGGAAAACCCUACCUUCUGAUAUUUCUGAAGAACCGCAGUAUUCCGUUUCCAUUUUAAGCCCUAGUGGUUUGUUACUCCGCAGCGUUCAUUUUACGUAUCCUCGCAAACUUGGGUGCUCGCACGCACUUCUCCGCUCCGAGCCUCGCCCGACACCUCACGUUCGAGUUCCGAGAUCUUUUUCACACGUCGCAUAGAAAAUAUGUUCCAAAAAUAAUAGCGACAUGUAUGUACAAAAUUUUAAUCCCUUGACCGUUCCACUGCCCUCCAUUUUACAAACGCCACCAGUUUUAAAUUGUCGGGCCACCAGGUGACCAAUUGAACCUCAGCUGCCUUCCCAGCACAAAAACGUUAAACCCCUGUCAAGUUCAAUUGAUUACUGGGGGCUUUCAGGCACCUCCUCGGUUAGCACACUGUCUUCACGGGGCGGGGGGGGGGGCUCUUGCACAUGACAUCUGUUUUUUUUUUUUUUUUUGCUCUUUCAUGUCUUGUUGUUUUGUUUUUUUUUUAUUUUAUUUUUGUGGCCUGAUUCAAUGUUCGGUUCACAAAAUGUCUCCACCCUGUAAACUAAUGACACCACAGUGUAAGCAAGGUAACGUGUGUCUUGAUAUGGGAGCACUUAGCUUGAUAGUGAAUAAAUGUCAACUCAUGAAUGAACCUGUGCUUGU